ACCUCCCCAGUCCUAGAGCGGAGCAGGAAGUGUCCCAGGGGAGGGAGCCGGAGGGCUCCGGCCUUUCCUUUCCUCCGCGUCCGGCGGGCUCCGGCUGCGGCGGCGGCGGUGGCGGCGGCCAGGCCUGCGCGGCCCAUCGGGGACGCGCGGCGGCGCUCAGUUUGUAACGGUCUCAAAGACAAGGACAGCAACUUUGACUCGUGACCCUCAAGAGAGCAGCCUCGUGGGCCCCUUCCUCUUGUGCCCUGCGCCAAAGGGUCGUCUUCAGCCGCUGACCCCCAUCAAACCCCAUCAUGCCCACAGCCUUGUGCCCCCGCGUCUUGGCUCCGAAGGAGAGCGAGGAGCCCCGGAAAAUGAGGAGCCCACCAGGAGAGAGCCCCAGCCCCCCCGGGGGACUGCUCAGCCCGGAGUCCUCUCGCCGCCUCUUCCGCCGCUUUCGCUACCAGGAGGCAUCCGGGCCCCGGGAAGCCCUGCACCGGCUGUGGGAGCUGUGCCGGGGCUGGCUGCGGCCGGACUGCCUCACCAAGGAGCAGAUCCUGGAGUGCCUGGUACUGGAGCAGUUCCUAGGUGUGCUGCCCCGUGAGAUUCAAGGCUGGGUGCGCGCCCAGGAACCCGAGAGCGGUGACCAGGCAGUGGCAGCUGUGGAGGCCCUGGAGCGAGAGCCAGGGAGACCCUGGCAGUGGCUCAAGCACUGUGAGGAUCCUGUGGUGAUUGACGACGGGGAUGGUCCCCCAGACCAGGAGCAGGAACGGCUGCUGCCUGAACCCCAGAGCGACCUUGCAAAAGGCCAGGAGCCCCUGCCUAUGGGCCCUGGGCCCCUGAGAACAGCAGGCCAGCCCAACGGGGAUCCAGUUCUGCCAGAUGACGAGAUUCUUCCUGAAACCACCCUGAGGGACCUCCAGCAGGUGACCACCGUGCAGCUGCCCUCGCUUUAUUUAUUGGAUAGAGACAGCCAGAAAUCAAGAGGGAAGGGCGUGAUAGAGAGAGAGAGAAGACAGAGAGACACCUGCCGCACUGCCACUCGCAAAGCUUUCCCCCUGCACGAUAUGAUCUUCUGCUUCUCGGAGGAGGACUGGUCCCUUCUCGACCCAGCCCAGACUGGCUUCUAUGGAGAGUUCAUCAUCGGGGAGGACUGCGGGGUGACGCUACCUCCGAGUGACCCCGAUGCCCAGCUGCCCCCCACCCAGGAAGAAGAGAACGAGCCCCGGGUUCCAGAGUGGCAGGACCUACAGGCGAAGGACGGACCCCAGGUCUCCUACGUAGACUUCCCGAGUGUCCAGCCCUUCCAAGGGGAAGAAAGGAAACGAGACGAAUUGCAGGUGCCAGAGUUCCAGACCUGCCUGCAGACGACACUGGAUCAGAGCACCUGCCCAGCUGGAGGCGCCGCACCACCGGCCAAGGACAGCCUGGACGAGGAGGUGACCAUCGAGAUCGUCCUGUCCAGCUCAGGGGACGAGGACCCCCAGCUCAGCCCCUACUGCACAGACGAACCCCGCAGUCCCCCUGAAAAGCAGGGCGGGCCCCCUGCCCCCCACCAGAGCAGCACUGCCGAGAUGCAGAGCUCCAAGAAGUCCUACGUGUGCCCGAACUGCGGCAAGAUCUUCCGCUGGAGAGUCAACUUCCUGCGGCACCUGCGCAGCCGCCGGGAGCAGGAGCAGCGGCACAAGUGCUCCGUGUGCGGGGAGCUGUUCGGGGACAGCGAGGACCUGGACGGCCACCUGGAGACCCACGCGGCCCAGAAGCCUUAUCGCUGCGGCGCCUGCGGGCGCAGCUUCCGCCUCAACUCGCACCUGCUGUCCCACCGGCGGACACACCUGCAGACACAGGCAGAAGGCCCCCAGGAGCCUGAGCCGGCCUCCGGGGGCGAGGACAAGGACAAAGACAAGGACAAGGAGCAGCUGAGCUUCCCGUGCUGUGAGUGCGGAAAGGCAUUCCGGCGGCGGGAGCACCUGGCCCGCCACCGGCUCAUCCAUGCCAAGAACCCAGCACUGCCCUUCCGCUGCCGCUACUGCGUCAAGAGCUUCCGGCACAACUACGACCUGCUCCGGCACGAGCGCCUGCACAUGAAGCGCCGCUCCAAGCAGGCGCUCAACUCCUACUGAGGCGCGGCAGGGCCAGGACCUGCCCGGGCCCCAGGAGCACACUGUCCUCUGUGUCACCUCUUGGCGGCAGUGCCCAGAAGCAGGCAUGCCCUCGUUUCCGGGUCCCAGAGAUGCGUCCCUCUCUGGUUGAGGGACAAGGCUGCCAACUCUCCACCCACCCACUCCCUUCACUGCACCUGCUGUGAUCAAGGCGGUAGGCAAGGCAUUGUGGGGGGCAGGGCCAGGCACACCAAGCCUUAUCCAGCCAGCAGGAGUUGAGCCCCACAUCUCCAUCAGUCCCCCCUCCACCCCUGGGUGCCCCACAAUUAUCAGGGUUCCCUUUGAGACUUGGAGGCCACAGUGGGAGACUCUAGCUCCUUGCAAAGGGAAACUGCCUUCUGAGUUGGGGUGGCAGUUAUUAGAGGUGGUGAGCUCACAGAGAGGACAGCCCACAUUUUUAAACUAUGUUGCACAGCAUUCCUGAGUGUCAUUUCAUUGUACCCAGAGACCCUUGGUAAACACUGUGGGAGGGGAGUGGAGUCCACUUGAAAGGCACUUAGUCCUGCCCCCUAGGGGUUUCUGUCCUGGAAAAGGGAGUGGUCCCCAGUGAUGGGGCCCUUUGCGCAAGGGGGGCCCCUCUAUGAAGUCAUGUCUGCGUGCAUAUUAACUUAGUGUGUCAGCUGUUGUACAAAGGACCAAAAUUGGGGUGGCUUAGAACAGUAGGACUGAGUUGGCCUCAAAACCCACAGGGCUGGGCUGGGCUGGCUUCCAGUGUGUGUGUGUGGGGGGGGGGCUGUCAGCCCCAGCCCUGCCUUGGGAUGUUCUCCACCUUGGAGGUGACAUCCAUUUCUGCCUCCUCUGUGUGGCGUUUCUGUGCUGUCCCCAAACGUUCCCAUUUUGUAAGGCCCAUCCUGUGCCAAUAUGUUCCCAUCUGAGUUCAUGACAGCUCCCAAAUCAGGGCACAUCCAGGGGUACUGGGGUUACAAUUUUGGUGUAUAAAUUCAGAGGGCUUGGGGGGUGGGGCACAGUUGAACCCCCAGCACCAGAGGCUGCUGUCAGGAUGAGUCGGUACAGACUUGGGGUCACACACUCUUACUCCUGUGAGAGACAAGACUGAGACCCAAGUGUCAGUUACCAGGGUGUGGCCUCUGCACCUUCGCCUAACAAGUUUGGGACCAGGUGCAUUGGCUGGGAGGAAAGCUAGUCUUGCUGGUGCUGGAAGCCUGGUGACAUGAGGCUGGCUGAGGAGGAAGCAGGGGGCCUAGGGAGCAACUCUGAACUUCAUUUUGUGUGUCAGGUCCCAGCAGCAGCAGUGCCUGACUCCUCUGUCACCCACUUCAUUGUCACAUGGAGAUGCCCAAACCCCUGUGAACGUCACAGGUUCUGUAGUCACUGUCACUGCCCCUCUGUAGAUGCCAGUAUUUAACCAGGAACCGGAAACGCAAUAAAAACCUUCAGGUCAUCAUGCCCUGGUCAAGAAA